AUUUACUUUUUUUCAAAUUGAUUGCUGGUAGCCCUGACAGAAAUUGUCAAUUCAACUGUCACGAACGUCGAGUGUUGUUUUGAAUUUUCCAGUAAACAAAAAGUAGUUAUUGGCAAAUUGUGAAUAUUAUUAGAACUAUGAACAAGACUGCUCCAGAUCCGAAAGUUAAGAAAACACUUCUGCGAAAUUAUGAACUUAAAGUGAGGCCAUCGAUCCGGAAGCCGUUAGUUGUUCAUGAUACCGCUAGUUCUUCAAAUUUAACUUCACAGACACGGUCUUCACAGAAAGAGAACGAAUUAUGUCAGCCUACUUUAUGUUCAAGUGGAGCUAUAGCUAAUUACUUAUCUGAUGCAAAGAAACAGGCUGCUCCGCCAGUUUCUUCUGAAGAUUUGAAUGUUGACAAAGGGCACCUAUGUGCCAAAAUGACGAAAAAACUAAACUUCCAUUUCAAUGAUAGAAUAUACAGGAAUCUGAUAGAGUUGAAUGCAAGCGCAGAGAAUUCUAAAAGUAGGAAAGACAGGAGAACAUCCAGUAUUACUUCUCAAAAAAGAGAUCUGGAACCAAAUAUUGAAGACUUCUAUGAAGAUGAAGUAGAAAUAGACUCCCCACCAACAAUACCUGUGCUCAAACCCAAGUUCAAACCAAUUAAAAAAGUAGAAGACAACCGCCUACACAAACUAGUUUCAGCCUUUGAGGAUUUAUGACAAACAUUUACUUUUUAUUAUAAUUUGUUAUGUAAUUUAUUGUGUUAAUUUUGUAUUAUUAAUAUAUUUUAGAAUU